AUGAAGCCUGAUCCUCCAUCUCUUGGGUCUUUGCCCGUUGAAAUCCUGUGCUCUAUCUUCCGUCUCUUGGACCCUGUUGGCCUUAUAACCGUCAGCCAAACCAACUCCAAAUUUCGCACAGUGGUGCAGCCAGAAAGAAUCCAUUUACUGGAGAGGUUGCUUGAACUUGAGUGCAGAGAAGAAGUCGGAGGAGUCACCCCCGUCUUUCGAUCAAAGGACAAUCACCUCAACCCUGACUUCUCGUCAAAAGAAUGGCAUUCUAUGCGCUGGGCAUGUAGUAUCUGUCUCCAGAUGCUUCCACAUACAGCCUUUGACAAUCACUCUAUCCUACGACUACAGUACCGCAAGCCAUUGCCAGGAUCUCCGGCAGCAAGUGCUUACACGAGCUGGGAGCCAACAAGAAAUUGGAAACCCCACAAACCGAAACAACAGUCCGAUUCGAGAGAUGAGAAUAAAAAAAUACGGCGUCGAUACGAUCUCGCAUCUAAAUGCAACACAUUGAGAUCGAAUCAUCCUGUGCGGGAUAGGGGCGCAAGAUUAGCCAGUUUUCAGGACAGCGGGAUGAUCACAUUUCAAGGCUUUAAUCUGGACGAAUAUUGCAGUAUCACACAAGAAGAAGAACAGGUUCUUCUGGACCAUGAAGCACGUCUCAUUGAGAAAGAGCGUUGUGGCUUCAAGCGGCAUCGGCGCAAGUGCAACGAAUGUCGUUUCCGGCGCGGUGAGCUCUCUUCUGCUAUGCAGCGAGGUACAGACAAGGUACCCAUAAUGCGGAGCCGUCGUGUGCUAUUUGACACUGCCUUGGACCGAUAUUUCCCAGGUCUUUCUGCCAUAAUGACAAGUAUGAGGCCGGCCGCCAAUGCCCCGGAGCUAAACAGGUUUCGCGAGGAUGUUUUUGAUUCUCCCUGGGCUAUGUAUAUGGUGCGAUGUCCGGUAUGUUCACGCUGGCAGGAAUUACGUGCGUUCCGUAUUGGUUCCACUCUCAACCAUUGGGUACCUGCCACCGUCUCUGCCUGGGAGUUCCGAAACUGGGACGAAAGUGAGAACACGAUCACCGGUACUUUUAUCGAUGGGCUGUCCUGUAACCAUUGUUUUGCUAAAGACCAUGGGCGCGAAAAGCUACGCGAAGUACUUGUGAAAUGGUUGAAUUACUGCUUGGAUAGCGAGCGAGUGCGGCUAGCAUUUAUCCUUUCGGCUGCUUGGAAGAGGCUGACGAAACGAUACCGGAAGUUUGAGCGGAUAUCCUCGAUCUAUGAGGUUAAGGAUGUCGUUUUGGACAUUUUGCCUGUUAUUGCAAAGCUUAAGACUCACGAUUAUCAUAAUAUUGGCCUCGCCGAGAUCUUGACGUUGAAGCUGGCCUUUCCUAAGUGGGUUACUGCAUGGGAGAACCUAGACCACGAAACUCGAAGUUUUGUGGAACACAGCACUUGGAAUGAGAGCUGCAAGAAUUACCAGCUCUGGUUCGACAACUAUCAUGCGAUUGAGGCACACUUGAUCUGGGUGAUUCAAUGCCAAAUGGAGAUGAUGGAGAAGGACAAGGGUGAUGACCUGGUUGCCUGGGCACUGAGCCGAGAAGGAAGUGCUUUGACUUAA